CUUAAGUCUAUGUUUACAUGUUAAUUGUUUUGAUGAAAGUUUACAGUUUUAUUUUCAAACUCAGUUGAUUUAUGAAACUUGUUAUAAAAAAUUCUGUAAAGUAAUGUGCUAAUAGCAGUUCUAUGAUGAAUGUCUCUAUAUUCAUGCUCAACUGAAUCAUUUCUGAAGGAUUUAACCACACAUAUUUGUAAGAAUAUUUGAAAUCCAAAAAUGGGCUCCACUACUUCUCAAUUUCAAGAUGUUUUCUCACAAAUUCUGAGUGAAGACCCUAUCAACACUCUUUUAUCUGAAGAGAUAAACAGUUUAACUUAUGAACAAUUUCUUGGUAUUCUCGGUGAAUUGAAUUUGCUAACCAAAAAAUGUCUGGACUCUGAUGGAAACCAGUUGGUAUUUGCGGUCAAGAGAGAUUCUGAUUCAACAAUAUUUUGGAAAGCUACAGUGCAGAUUGCUUGUGUGAAAAUAGACCCUGUUACUCAAAAGGUUGGGACAUUCAGACUGCUAUCACUAAGUGAAUUUUUGAAAGUCUUUAAAACCUUGAAGUGCCAACUUGUAGCAGUGGAACAUUGUGAAAGGAAUGAAUCACACGACACCUGUCCAAUUUGCAGAGAAAAACUAGAAAGUACCGAUGACACAUGGGUCAUUUCAGAGGUACCGAAAGCAGAGGAAAUAAAUAAGGAAAUUAGAAAUAAUCUUAUGGAACUAACGCAUGAUAGAUCAUCUCCCUGUAGCCCUUCUUAAAUUAUGUUUCUACUGUAUUGCUUGUUGAUUGGUGAUAACGAUUCAACCUAGAGAUGUAAAACUUAAAACUCCAAAUUGAUUGGCUGUUUUGUAAGAUUGUGAUGAAUGAUACUUGCCAAACUAAUGUAUUGACAUUUUUAAGACAAAAAUAUAUGCAGGGUGUUUCCAAGGUGAUAUUUUUAUUUGCUUAUUAUCUAUAGUUUAUUCAAAUAUUGAUACAAAAAUUUUGAAUAGGAUCUUGAUUGCUUCAAAUUUUAAGAUAAGAGGAGAAUCACGAUUUCUGAAGAAAAUAAUUAUUUAAGCAUUAGUGAAAUAUUAUAUCAAUAAUUCAUUAGUUCGGAAUAACUGAAAUACUCCUUUACAACUUACUACUGUGCAUUUUCAGAAAAUGUAAUGGAAAAACUUUGGUAUCUUCAGAAAAAAUAUAAUUCAGUUCAGGAAUCGGAUUUGGAAACACCCUAUAUAUAACUGAGAGAGGGUGUUAAGAUAAGACAGGCAUCUAAAGGCCCUUACAUGAACACAUUUGAUUAUUAUCUUGUUAUAUAGUUUUAUAAGUGUAUAUACAACCUUAUAUUCAAUUACUGAUAUCAGAGAGAAGUUAUUUUCUUCAACUGAAAGGUAAUUGAAGGAGUGAAGGAUUAUUGGAAUAAUAAAAUCUCUAAUGGAGUCUUCAAAUUUAGAUUGAAAUAAAGUUGACUACUGGAAUGAUGGUUCUUGCCCAAGUUGUUUUUUGUUUUUCAUUUUAUCACAAUGUAUUUAUAAAUAUUGCCUCAAGUGUGACAGCAGUGCAAAAUAUUUUAAUAUUUUAAUUUUCCUGGUCCCAUAAGGUGCAAAAAAGUAAAAAAAUUAGUUACUUUUAUGAAAAGCCUGACAAAUCGCACAGUUGGUGAUAACCAUAUAGUUUUAUCAUUCAAAGAACACUUUCAUAAUUUUCAAUAAAAAAUUAUUUGUGAUUUGUGACACUUUGUAUAUAUUCAUUAUUUGUUAUCUUUAUUUAUAUUGUAUUAUCCUUGAAAUUUUACUUAUUUAAAAAUCUGUCGUGUUAUAUUACGAAAUAAAUUUUCAAUAAUUUCA